GACACACCUUACAUAAUCAACAGCUUACAUCUUUCAACAUGGCGGCCGAAUACGAGGAACAGGUCGAGACGACCGAACAGAGUACAGUCAACCUCUGGAACCUCGCAGAAGACACACCGACGGCUCUUCCGAGAGGGGUCGGCAGUAAAGUUGGAAAUGCGGGAGGAAAUACGGGGAUCGUUACAACAUUAGGAUGGGAGAGCGAUUGGACAACGAUGAUGUAUCUAGGAGCAGGGCUCGGCGCUGUCAUUCUCAUCCUAGCCAUCUUCGUCUGCUGUCUGCUCAGAGAGAGGGAAAAACAAGAGGUGAUCAGACGAGCUCAACUAGAGGCUGCUUACAGAGUCAUGGUCCCCCUAUGGGGCCCGCGUGAAACAGUUCUCCUCCAGGCACCAUCGGUGAAAAAUGGACAUGCCCAUCCGUGGAGAUACCCUGCCUGUCCACCGAGAGAACAGGUUAUUGUAUAGUUUAUUUGGGAGGAGACCUGAGGGCCUUCUGUAUCGAAUUUUACCACAGCCGUCUGCAUGUACAGACACGUUUCAAUGUUUAAUUUGAAAGCGGCUAGCCUAGCUUUGUUAAUUACUUCGAGGUGGUAUAAAUAACACCGCCAUUCCACUUGGGAAGCGACCUCGUUGCAACCGCGUUGUGACCUGAAAUUCAACAAAUUGCUCAGCGAAUUUUAUACGUAAAACGAUUUUUUAAUGCUUUGUACGUCCUAUUAUCUGUUCUGUCAUUUUGUACAUUUUCAAUUUUAAGAUUUGACAGAACGCUAAACGAAUUCUAUACAUAGAAACACUUUUUUAAAGCUUUGUUCAUUCUUGUUUAUAUACAAGCCAUACAUGCACAUUUUGCGUGAUAUUCUAAUUAUGAAAUCAAAGGUUUAAUGAAUAGAAUUCAGGUCGCAACGAUGUUGCAGUGCGUUCGCUAUACUGGGAAUGGAGCUUAUGCUAAAAGAUUUCUGCAAAGGAAAAUGACUGUAGCUUUAAGUGAUUAGCAAUGUUUUCUAUCAUGAUUAUUACUGUAAAUUUGUUUUUGUAUUGACAAUGAGAGUAUGCGCUGAUAUGUAAUUAUUUCAUAUUUUGAUAGAUGGAAGAAGAAUGAAUUCGUUCGGCAUAGGCAUACUAUGCAUGGGUGAGCAUGAAUUUUUGUGAAAUAUUAUUAGCAUGGCGUUGGCUUUAGCAUUAUGUGUACUAUAUAUGUAUAUCUGUAAAAAAAAUGGAGGAAUAAUAUUAGCAUGGAACGUAAAUCAUAUUAAUGUGAUUGAGUGAUUUGAUCUACUAAAAAUCAACCUAAAGUGUCUACCUUCCAUGUUUUUUGAAAGAAAAAAAAUUACUCACAUAUCAACAUAUCAUAAAUGUUCUUGGAUUCUAGGAUAGGUAGGUACCCUUGCCAAUAGCCCAAGAUAUUCAAGAAUCAGUUUCAUGUCAAUUUCGUUACUAGCAUUUGUAAAAACAUUUUAUAACUAAAAAGCAAGAUGUCAAUUUUUUGUAAUAGAUGUGGAUGUGAAUGUAGAUAUAAGAAUGUAGAUAUAAGAAGACAUCUUUCUCUUUCUUUGAAUAAAGGUUUUUGUCAUGUAUUUUAGAAUAAGAAUAGUAGAAUAAGCAUUAGAGUUAGGAACGAUGACAUGUAACUUGAUAAUUCAGAUUUGUUGUUAGGGUAGCAAAUAAUAAGAUGCUUUACUGACAAUUUUAUGUUUACUAAAUGUUGACUUUUAUCUGGUUAUUAUAUAUAUGGUAUAUCAUAAAUGGAAUGUGGUAAUAUUUAGAGCAAUAAGUUAUCAUUACAGUUCUUAAUAAUGCCGAUAACUUUGCCAUGUGGAACAAGGUUGUUUGUAAGUUUUAUCAUUAAUUUAUCAUCCACAGGCAACAAGAGUUGACGGAAGGCGAAAGUAGACAUCUUUCUCCAGUAUGUUAUCAUGAUCAGAGGCUGUGUACUUAAACAAUGUUCAGCUAUAGGCACAUGAAGCAGUUUAUAAGUACUGAGCUGGCC